AUGUCUCCUAUACAGGUUGUUGUUUUCGUGCUAUCAAGGAUCUUUCUACUGCUCUUCAGGCUGAUCAAAAUAAUUAUCACCCCUAUCCAAAGACCACUCAAUUACCUAUUCGGCGAUUAUAUCGAAAGCUUAGAUCGUAAAUAUAGAUUCAAAGAGGAUUGGUAUAUCAUUCCUUAUUUUUUGAAAAGUGUGUUUUGUUAUAUUAUUAACGUGAGAAGGCAUAGAUUUCAAAACUGGUAUUUAUUUAUAAAACAGGUUCAACAAAAUGGUGAUCAUUUAGCUAUUAGUUAUGCCCGUCCUAUGGCUGAAAAGGGCGAAUUUCAACUCGAAACUUAUACGUAUAGUGAAACUUAUAACAUAGUGUUAAGAUUAUCUCAUAUCUUGCAUUUCAACUAUAACGUUCAAGCCGGUGACUACGUGGCAAUUGAUUCUACUAAUAAGCCUCUUUUCGUAUUUUUGUGGCUUUCUCUAUGGAACAUUGGUGCCAUCCCAGCAUUCUUGAACUACAAUACUAGGGGCACUCCGUUGGUUCACUCUUUGAAGAUUUCCAAUAUUGCGCAGGUAUUCAUUGAUCCGGAUGCCAGUAAUCCAAUUAGGGAAUCGGAAGAAGAAAUCAAGAAUGCACUUCCCAAUACUAAAUUAAACUAUAUCGAAGAACAAGAUCUGAUGCAUCAAGUUCUAAAUUCGCAAUCACCGAAGUUUCUACAACUAGACAACAUUAGGACACCGUCGGAUUUGACCGAUUUCAAACCUUCGAUGUUAAUUUACACGUCUGGGACAACAGGCUUACCUAAAUCUGCCAUUAUAUCGUGGAGAAAGUCCUCCAUAGGUUGUCAAGCUUUUGGCCACGUUUUACAUAUGACUAACAAAAGUACAGUUUUCACAGCCAUGCCAUUGUUUCAUUCUACAGCCGCAUUAUUAGGCGCAUGCGCCAUCCUGUCCCAUGGCGGUUGCCUUGCUAUAUCACAUAAGUUUUCUGCCAGUACUUUUUGGAAGCAAGUUUAUUUAACAGGUGCUACACAUGUUCAAUAUGUAGGAGAAGUGUGUAGAUACCUUUUACAUACUCCAAUUUCCAAGUAUGAAAAGAUGCAUAAGGUUAAGGUUGCUUAUGGCAAUGGCCUGAGACCUGACAUUUGGCAGGAUUUCAAAAAGAGAUUUAGUAUAGAAGUUAUUGGUGAAUUCUAUGCUGCAACAGAAGCUCCUUUCGCCACAACUACCUACCAAAAGGGAGAUUUUGGAAUUGGUGCUUGCAGGAACUAUGGUAGCAUCAUUCAAUGGUUUUUGUCCUUUCAGCAAACGUUAGUGAAAAUGGAUCCAAAUGACGAUUCUGUUAUAUAUAGAAACUCUAAGGGCUUCUGUGAAGUUGCCCCUGUUGGCGAACCAGGCGAAAUGUUGAUGAAGAUAUUUUUCCCUAGAAAGCCAGAAACUUCUUUCCAAGGGUAUCUUGGUAAUGCCAAAGAGACAAAGUCAAAGGUUGUAAGGAAUGUUUUCAGGCGUGGCGAUGCUUGGUACAGGUGUGGUGAUUUAUUAAAAUCCGAUGAGUGUGGAUUGUGGUAUUUUCUUGAUAGAAUGGGUGACACUUUUAGGUGGAAAUCUGAAAAUGUCUCUACCACCGAGGUAGAAGAUCAGUUAGCUGCUAGUAACAAAGAACAAUAUGCACAAGUUCUUGUAGUUGGUAUUAAGGUACCUAAAUAUGAAGGUAGAGCUGGUUUUGCAGUUAUCAAAUUGAAUGACAACUCUCUUGAUAUCGCCGGCAAGACUGCACUAUUAAAUGGUUCCUUGAGUCAGUUAAGUCUACCGUCUUAUGCCGCGCCAUUAUUCAUCAAAUUUGUAGAUGAAAUCGAAACGACCGAUAACCACAAGAUUUUGAAGAAGGUGUAUAGAGAGCAAAAGCUGCCAAAAGGUUUGGAUGGAAAUGACACCAUUUUUUGGCUGAAAAAUUAUAAACGGUACGAAGUUCUGACUGCUACUGAUUGGGAAGCCAUUGAUGCUCAAACGGUUAAAUUAUGA